CUUCAAGUCCAGACACUUUCACCCCCUUCCUGUCCCGGCCAAUUUUUAGUUUUCAGCACUAUCACUUUGAAUGACAAUUGCGCGGUCAUGCAACACAGUACCCAUAUGAAUUUUUUAGCGUUUUUUUUAGACAGAUAAAAGUUUAUUUUGGUGGUAUUUAUUCACCACUGUGAUUUUUAUUUUUUUGCUAUAUAAAUGAAAAAGUCCAAAAAUUUUGAUAAAAAGUGUUUUUAUUAUAACAUUUUGCAAAUAAAUAAUCUUUCUUCAUAAAUCUUGGCCAAAAAGUAUUCAGCUAUCUUUUUAUAUAUAUACUGGUGUUUUUUUUUU